CUCCCUCCGAUCGAUCGUAGUUGUGGGUGAAAAUACUUAUAUUCCGGUAGGUCUUGUGAAGAAAUUAGCGCGAAACAAAUAUUAUGUUCCGGCAUUAAUCUAAGGAUGUAAGUAGUUCCUGGUAGAAAAUACAUCCGUUUGAAUCAUCGAGGCAUACGUAGUACUUUUUUCGAACUGGUAUCAAACUCUACUAUUCUCGCUGUCGCGUGUAGAAUUAUUUUAUAUCGGCCGAGCAGCCGCCAUCUUGUCUUACUUUAGACGAACAGAGAAAGAUAGAGAAAGACCGAAAGAUAGAGAAAGAGAGAGAGAGUGUGUGUGUGUGUGACUGAGAGAGAGCGAGAGAGAGAGAAAGAAAGAAAGUUAGAGAGAGACAGAUAGAAACGGGCCGUGGCUGUGGUAUAGUCCGUCAUAGUGACAGCUUGGUAAAAGAAGCGUUCGAUAGACGGUCGGUGUUGAUGCGGUGCGCGCGUCAAUCGCGUCGCUUAUGCUCUCUACUAACGUAGAGAGAAGAUCUAUUAUUUGUAGAAAAUAAUUCAUCGGUCCUAAAUAUCCUAAAAACGAGAUUAAAAACUUUUAUUCGGAGAGUGUCCGCUUCCUCGUCAGAUCAAAAAAGGUGGGCAUUGAACGUUAACGAAGGUAAUGGCAAUGGAGACGACGCCGAGAGAACGUGAGAUUGCUGCGGAGGAUAGUAUCAAGGUAGUAUGCAGGUUUCGACCCUUGAACGACUCCGAGGAAAAAGCUGGAUCGAAGUUUAUCGUCAAAUUCCCAUCCGGCGGUGAAGAGAAUUGUAUCUCGAUCGGGGGGAAAGUAUAUCUUUUCGAUAAAGUAUUUAAACCAAAUGCCACCCAAGAUAAAGUAUACAAUGAAGCAGCUAAAUCCAUUGUCACUGAUGUAUUGGCAGGAUAUAACGGUACCAUUUUUGCUUAUGGACAAACAUCCUCAGGAAAAACUCAUACAAUGGAAGGUGUCAUCGGAGAUCCUAAUAAACAGGGUAUCAUUCCAAGGAUCGUUAAUGAUAUUUUCAAUCAUAUUUAUAUUAUGGAAGAAAAUUUGGAAUUCCAUAUUAAAGUAUCUUAUUUUGAAAUUUAUAUGGAUAAGAUUAGAGAUCUUCUUGAUGUCUCUAAGGUAAAUUUAAGCGUGCACGAAGAUAAAAAUCGAGUACCAUUUGUAAAAGGAGCAACUGAAAGAUUUGUUUCUAGUCCAGAAGAAGUUUUUGAAGUAAUCGAAGAAGGAAAAUCUAAUCGACACAUUGCUGUAACUAACAUGAACGAGCACAGUUCUCGUUCUCAUUCAGUUUUCUUAAUUAAUGUCAAACAGGAAAAUCUUGAGAAUCAAAAAAAACUAUCUGGAAAAUUGUAUCUCGUUGAUUUAGCUGGUUCGGAAAAGGUAUCUAAAACCGGAGCGGAAGGGACUGUUCUUGAUGAAGCCAAAAAUAUUAACAAGUCUCUAUCUGCACUUGGUAAUGUCAUAUCUGCGCUUGCCGAUGGCAACAAAACGCACAUUCCUUAUCGUGAUUCCAAAUUGACAAGAAUUCUUCAAGAAUCACUUGGUGGCAAUGCUCGAACUACGAUUAUUAUUUGUUGUUCACCUGCUAGUUUUAAUGAGUCAGAAACCAAGUCGACUCUGGAUUUCGGUAAACGUGCUAAGACUAUAAAGAACGUUGUAUGUGUUAACGAAGAAUUAACUGCAGAAGAGUGGAAACGUCGUUAUGAACGCGAGAAAGAAAAAGCUGCUAGACUUAAGGGUAAAGUUGAAAAAUUAGAAGCAGAAUUGUCUCGUUGGCGCCAAGGUGAAACCGUUAAGCCCGAAGAACAAGUCAGUUUAGGAACACCUGAUGUUAUUACACCAAUUAUUGCAUCUGUUGAAGGAAAAAUUGACGAUGGUCCUCUACCAGCUACACCCGGUGGUGGACUUAUGGCAGGAUCUCUUUCGAACGAAGAAAGACAAAAACUAGAGGAAGAACGUGAAAGACUGUACCAACAGUUGGAUGACAAGGACGAAGAAAUAAAUCAACAAUCUCAAUAUGUUGAGAAAUUAAAAGAACAAAUGGAAGAGCAAGAAGAACUGAUUGCAAGCGCUAGACGGGAUUAUGAACAAUUGCAACAAGAAAUGAAUAGAAUACAGCAAGAAAAUGAAAGUGCUAAAGAGGAAGUCAAAGAAGUUUUACAAGCUUUAGAAGAAUUGGCAGUUAAUUAUGAUCAAAAAUCACAAGAGGUGGAAUUGAAAAAUAAAGAGCAAGAAACAUUGACGGAAGAGCUUCUCGCUAAACAAGCUGCUUUAAAUAAUACUUCGUCCGAAUUGCAACAAUUGCGUGAUAUGUCCGCCCAUCAAAGAAAACGUAUUGCUGACAUGCUUGCUAACUUUUUGAAAGAUUUAGGAGAAAUUGGAGUAGCCAUUGGUGGUGACGAAAAUCUUAAAGUUGCACCAGAAAAUAAUGGAAAACUGGAAGAAGAGUUCACAGUUGCGAGACUUUUUAUUAGUAAAAUGAAAUCAGAAGUCAAAAAUUUGGUUCAACGUUGCCAAGGAUUAGAAAGUUCUCAAGUGGAUUGUAACAAAAAAGUUUCCGAAUACGAAAAAGAUUUGGCAGAAUGUCGACUUUUGAUAACUCAGCAUGAAGCUCGUAUGCAAACAUUGUCAGAAUCUAUGAAAGAAGCUGAAGCACGAAAACGUGCUUUGGAAGAAGAUGUAGAUGCAUUACGCGAAGAAUGUGCAAAACUUAAGGCAGCAGAACAAGUGCAAGCUGUCACUAAUAAAGAAAAGGCAGAAGAGAAAGAGGCAGCUACAAAGAUGAAGGUAGCUUUGGAAGAACAAAUGGAUCAACUGCGUGACGUACACCAGAAGCAGGUCGCUGCGCUUAGAGAUGAAUUAUCCGAAAAACAAGACUUGAUCAGUGAAUUGAAAGAUAUGAAUCAAAAAUUUACUUUAGCACAUCAACGAAUGCAAUCAGAUUACGAACGAUUGAAACAGGAAGAAGCAAAUAAAUCUGUUAAACUUCAAGAGAUGAUACAGCUUCAUGAACGCCGAGAACAGACAAGGAAAGAUCUCAAAGGACUAGAGGAUACCGUAUGCAAGGAAUUGCAAACGCUUCACAAUUUACGUAAAUUAUUUGUUCAGGAUUUGCAAACUAGGAUAAAAAAAUCAAUUCACGUCGAAGAUAAUGAAGACGAUGGUGGCUCACUUGCUCAAAAACAAAAGAUUUCAUUUUUAGAAAAUAAUCUAGAUCAGCUUACGAAGGUCCACAAACAAUUAGUCAGAGAUAAUGCGGAUCUUCGAUGUGAGUUGCCUAAACUUGAAAAGAAAUUAAGGACAACUGUUGAACGUGUAAAAGCUUUGGAAGUAGCUUUGCGAGAUGCCAAAGAAGGUGCAAUGCGAGAUCGUAAGCGUUACCAGUACGAAGUAGAUAGGAUUAAAGAAGCUGUAAGACAGAAAAAUUUGGCUCGCCGUGGACCUAGUGCACAGAUUGCAAAGCCUAUUCGAGCUGGUCAGCAUCAUUUAAGCAACAUUAAUGCUAUUAGAACUGGCAACCGUGAUGCGCUUAAUUAAGAUACUACAUUGUGAUUGAGAAGUCGUGGGUUUGUUCGAUUUUGUACAAAAGGAGUCACUUCAGAUUGCUCUACAUUUUAGAGUAAGUGAAUGGAUUUGUUAUGCUUAACAAUUUUGUAAUUAUAUAUUUUUACUAUUUUAAAACGAUAAACUGUGUUAUACAAAUUGACAGGGAUAUUAACUUCUUAACGCGUACAUUCGAAUUUAAAUUCGAAGAACGAGUGAUAAUAGAAGAAGUUAACUCGAGCAGCAUCAUAUUUUAUGUUAUCGUAAUGCAUAUGCUUGAAUAGAUUCAAGCAAUGAAAAAUCAUCUCAUGAAAGCUACUAUAUAAAAUUUAUAUAUAUAAAGUCAUUAUAUAAUUUAACUUUAUUUAUAAUCAUUGUUGUAACAUCUUGUAUCCCUAAAUUACGUUAAAAUAAGAUUAUCGGGAAUAAAGAACUGGUUUUCUUUUCCUUGACGAAAUUUUUUAUUUAAAUGCGCGUUAAGGGGUUAAAGUUGAUAAUUUCGUCAGUAUAAUAUUGUAUGUAACGAAGUUACAAACGAACAAACCUAACGACACAUUAUUUCUUUAUAUAUUUCUCUCUACUAUUCUGUUUGCAAAACCAAAUGUAAUACAUAUUCCCCAAUUCUGUGAUCGUUCGGACAUGUGAUGUUAACUUAACGGGGAAAAAAUUCAUUCGUGUAUCUUUGUCAUAUGCUUAAAGUUAAUUUUUUUGUUGUCUUUCUUUCGAGAACGUGGUUUAAAAACGUAUAGUAAUGUUGAGUAUAACGUCAAAUCCUUCACUUUUGCAGAAAACGAUUGCAAGAACGCUUUGCGUGCUGAGGUGCUAGGAGAUCGAAACAAACUAAUCUAUUAUUAUGGUGUAUUCACAUAAAUGUCAUAUUUUAAAUGCAAUAGAUAUAUUAUAAUCUUAAAGAGCACCGCUAAUUUUUUUUUUUUUUUCGAAACAAGCAUGUGCUUUGAAGUAUACUAAUAUAUGAGUGCAUCAAUUUAUCAAUGUGCUGCAUGUCCCAUCCAUGUAUAAAUAUUUAACUCGAUUGCACUUAUAAAAAAAAAAAAAAA